AUGACUGAUCGUGUCCGACGCAACGGCCAGCUUUCUGCAUGCGAACCAUGCCGCAAGUCGAAACUUCGAUGCGAUCAUGGCCGACCAGUCUGUGGGAGAUGUGUGCGCCGCCGCCUGUCCGAGCAACAAUGCCUUUAUCACCCAGCCCCUAUGGCGAGACGGCUCACGCCCCAAUCCGAACAAAACAUGCAUCAGAAUGAGGCUACUAGGUCUAUCGUGACAGUUUCAAGCCCCUACGAGCCCAUCAAUAUGAACAGCAACUUGAUGUCCUUUGCAGACCCAAAUUCUCCCCACCCACGACGCUUGUAUACCUCUCUGACAAGAACCGGUGUAGCCCUACCUCAAAAUUCCGUGCCUGAUCAACAAAGCAUUUGCGAAGGAGCAAGGCUAUUGCAUGAUAUCCUGGAACUUGCUGUCGAAAUCGGUGAACCCCUUGAACGCUUCUCAGUUCUUGAAAUGGACCUAUGUAUUCAUUCACCUCUUGUCAAGCUAGCGUGGAAGGCAACGAACAAUAGCAUGCAACGUCUGUUAAUUGAUCGCUCGGCUCUAAACCUGGAAUUGAUAUCCCAAACAAUAUUCGAGCGAUCAUCUUCACACCCGGUCUUUCCUCCCACUGCAGCCACAUUGGAAUCCGCAUUCUCUACCCAGGCUUUACGCUGGGACAUGAUUGGAAUCUACUGUGCACAAAUCGGAAUAUUUCUCGGUGGAGAGAAAGACAAAACAUUCAGCUUAUCUGCCCAUGAAAUGUGGAAAUCAGAUCGGAAAACAUUAAUGCAAAGGGCCUUCCAAGCUUGCCUACAAUGCGAAUCGUUUUGCGACCAUCUCGGCGCUAUUAACGAUCUUACGCUAUGGUUCCGAAUGCUUACUAUCCUCUUUGCCACAUGGUGUUUUGGUGACGACUCGUACCAUGUAUUACGACUAGUCGGUAGCAUGUCGUCCGUCUUCUUUGCCUUGGGUUUCCACAAAGGAGUGGAAAAUGACCCUUCUCUGCCGUUCUAUAUGAUCGAGAUUCGCAAAAGAGCUAUCGCCUGGGCACAUGAUCACGACAAGGUGUGCUCCAGCUUCACGUCACGACCUGUUCACCUUAGUCGCCACUUUUGCGUGAUCGAGAUGCCCCUCGACCUAGCAGACUCUGCUAUUAUGGGUACACCUGAAGCGUUCCUCGAAGCUCGCGAGAACUUAGAUGCAGACGGCUGGAGUAAAGAUGGAGUCAUACAUGCUGUCUCCCGUCAGCGGGUGCAGCUAAUGCUUUGUAUAAUUCGCGAAGAAGCCCUAGAACUGAAACUGGGGCCUACAACAUCUGACCUCGAGAUAAAAGCGGAACGCAUCUUACGAAAAUUGAAAUCGACCUGGCAGUCCAUUCCAUCAUAUAUGAAAUACGAUAAAGUGUCCCAGUGGGCAGGCCAGAUUCAUACUGCCAUGAGCCUUCAAAACCUGUGGCUGGAAUACCUUUACACAGAGUUUAUUUUGCACACUUUGCUCGCCAGUUCGAGCGAAUUGAAUCGCGAGAAGUUGAUAAUUACUGCGCACGAGAUUGUCAAUACUGUCCUGCUCCCAACGCGGCAAAGGGAUCUACUGCACAGCCAUAGAGCGGACAUAGAAUGGGCGCUUGUGUUCUAUGCUAUGCCUUGUGCCAGUGUUCUGGUAUUGGAACUUCUACGGCAGAAUCAAUAUCCCGCAGAACGACUCAACAUAAAUCGAAGCGGCAUAAUUCAAGAUAUAAGCGUUUUAAUAUCAUGCUGUGAUUCUUGGGCAGAGGCUGGGCAGAGUAAUUAUCAAAUUUGCAAGCAAGCCCAGUCGAUCUUUUCAAAGAGCCUUGAUUCGAUUCUCAAUCAUAUUCAGCCAAUCCCGAUGGACAAGUCGGCAGAGGUGACGGCGCGUGAACAAGAGCACCAUAAUGAGACCAUGAGGCUUAUGAGCCCCGAAACCUCUAAUGUGGUGGCUCAAGACCCGGAGUGGAUGGCGUGGCUUGAGUCAGUAGGCUUACAGGGAGACCUGUGGUUAGAGUCAAGCAUUCCGACUUCAGAGUUGUAUGAGUAA